UGGAACUACGCCGAGGACCGCCUUGGUGCUCACCCAAUCAGAAACAUGGCGAGGGACACACGCCUGGGGAUGGUCUGCGUCUUGGGAGUCGCCGCCACCGUCAUCCUGCUCGGCAUCGCAGCCACCGCCCUGGGCAGCUUUCCGUUGCAAUCAGCCAUGGUCGUCAAGUCUCCGGAGUUGAAAAAUUGCAUCGCUGCAACAAACCUAAGCAAGUGCACGAAAGGUUCCCACUACGCCUGCGUCAUGGAAGGCGGAAGAGGCCAGUGCCUGCCAUGGGACGGUCAGGAUAUCUGCAUCGGCGGAAAACGCGCCAGGUUCACAUCAGAGUCUCAGUGCCAAAAGGCCUGCUAUGGUGACCCGCCACUGGUUUCGACGUGUGCGGCCGAGCUGAAGGUGUGUCCUUGCGGAGACCAUUCCAGAAAGCUGGGCUGGAUCUGGACGCAGGACUCCAAGUGCGCCAGCGUGCCUACCCAGGUCUGCGUCAGCGAGGGAUUUCGGACCAAGCGAGCCUGCAUCGCAACCUGCGUCCCAGAUGGCAAGAGGGACAGGCGGUGUUCCACCCACCGAUCUCGCGAAUGCAUAUGGCCGGACGACGCCCUAUCCUUUUUCUACGACCCAGUAGACGAGACGUGCAAAUUUUGGGACGCUUACCUGUGCCCCAGCUCGCUGACCACGUCGAUGGAGGAGUGCAAAAAAACUUGCGCCUAACCGCAUUUGUCACCUCACUGAUUUUCUAUUCUCACUAAAGCCGGGACAUUAAAAAGCAAAGCACACCCA